AGGGUAGAAAUGGAGGACAAUAAACACACAAUACAAAUAAUGGCUAUACAAAAUAGUAAGAGCAAGACCUUUUGGUCCUCUUUAGCAUAUAUACUGCUUGUUUUAUCAGUGUUAGACGUGGGAGUCUCUCAAACUAGCGGGGGAGUGGGUUCUAUAGUUUCUUCUGAUGUCUUCAGCUCUAUAGUUGGAGGAGCUGCGAGUGGGUGUGCAGGAAACGGGUUUUAUACUUACGAUUCCUUUAUUAACGCUGCUAAUGCUUUCAAUGGCUUUGGGACAUCUGGGACUUCUGAUGUUAAUAAGAGAGAAAUCGCUGCCUUCUUUGCUAAUGCAGCGCAUGAGACUGGAGGGUUUUGUUACAUCGAAGAGCAGAAUCCUGGCAGCAUAUACUGCGAUGCCUCCAACACUCAGUAUCCCUGCACCGCCGGCAAGAGUUAUCAUGGCAGAGGCCCUCUGCAGCUCUCAUGGAACUAUAACUACGGGGCUGCAGGAAACUACAUUCAAUUUGAUGGGCUGAACAAUCCAGAGAUUGUGGGCACUGAUUCGACCAUCUCAUUUAAGACGGCGGUGUGGUUUUGGAUGGUGAACAGCAACUGUCAUACAGUAAUCACAUCUGGGCAAGGCUUUGGAGCCACAAUUAGAGCUAUCAAUAGCAUGGAAUGCGACGGUGGAAAUGCUGCAACUGUGACCAGCAGAGUCAAUUAUUAUCAGAAGUUUUGCCAGCAACUCAACGUCGACCCAGGGUCGAACCUUCGAUGUUAAUUUGCCGUUUGUCCAGUAUGAUUAACUACUACAAUAAGGGAGCAAUGCCAGCAAUGAAAAAAAUAGUCCGUAGGCUGUUGCCAAUUCACAUCACCUCCAUCUUAAUACUGCAAUAGUUACCAGACCUAUAAGAUAAUAAAUGUUCUGAUUUCAUACUGAGAUCAGUUUAAUGGAUAUAUUUGAUGUCUAAA